AUGGUGAGAGGAGCAAAAAUAGGUUUUUACCUGUUGUUAUUACUACUAAAUUAUACGUAUGUUAACGCAGCAUAUUUUUAUGUGAAGGAAGGGGUAGAAAAAUGUUUUGUGGAAAGCGUUGCAAGCAAUGUUGUGAUAACAUCGUCCUAUGAUAAUUAUGGAUUAAAAGGCAAGGAUGUUUUUUUUUUUUUUUUUUGCUCAUAUAUAUUAACUCAAUUAAAAUGCCUCAUCAAUAUAAAAGACCAAAAGGGAAGAGUUUUGUAUUCCCAUGAUACCUCUCAAAUUAGUAAAGGAAAAGUGUCCUACUUAACGAAAAAGAAUGGGAUGUAUUAUAUCUGCAUUUCUUGCCCUUCGUCGAAUUGGUUUAAAAGCACAGCAAUAAAAUGGAGUUUAUCCAUAGAAGUUGGUGGAUCAGAUGUGGAUUUAGAAAAUGCAGCUAAAAAAUCAGAAUUGAGUGAAACUAUUGCGACUUUGGUAAAUCUAAAAAAAAAAUUUAAUUCAAUGAAGUUGCAGCAGAUAUAUCAAAAGCAAAUGGCAACCAACCUAUACGAACAUAACAAAUCAGUGCAAGAUAAGAUGUUUUAUUGCUACAUAGUAGAAAUCAUAAUACUAGUGGCAGUUACCAUUUAUUCGAUUGUACAUUUAAAAAAUUAUUUUAAGGCCCAAAAAUUGAUGUAG